AAUUUACUACAACGCCAUGGCGGUUUACGGCCUGAGCGUCGAGUGGUAUGACGCACAGCCAAUGCUGACGCGAGAAUUCGUGAUGCGCGUCUACGCAGAGGAGCGCCAAGUGGAAAUGUACGACGCGAAGUCGCGCCGCACAUUCCUGAAGAAAUCACCCCUACCGGCGUCGAUUGGGCUCAGUGAUCUAUUUGUGGGGAACGAAAUCGUUCUGCACUCUCGGGCGUUGAAAAUUGUGCGUUAUGCCGAUAGAGCAACAGCCGAGAUGCUACGUAAGUCUCAAAUGGUAUCAACAGCUCUAUUAUCACCCAAUUGUGUCGCGUCGGGGAAGCUUGGUGCGGCAAUCUCAGUGUUGGAGGGUGCAGGUCUGACAAUUAAGAAGCUUAAGAUGGUAGCUUUGAGUAAAUCGGAAGCGAAAGAGUGCGCUGCUCUCGUAGAAGAGGGCCCACAAAUGAGCAAACUCCUGAGCUCUGAAAAGUCCAUUGUAGUAACUGUUGCUGGUUUGCACGCCGUUGAAGCGCUGAGUCAGGCUUGCGAGCAAGUAUCCAACUCUCUUAGCGGCUAUGGGUCUGCUCGUCUCGCGAUCGCUGCACCGAACGCCACUGCAGCGAUACAUCUUGAAGAAUUGGCUUUUGGGACUACUCGUUCUUUGGCAUCUUGGCCGACUGCUCGUUACGGCAGUGACUGCACUUGUUGUGUGGUGCGUCCCCACGCCUUGAUGAGCAAACAGCUUGGAUCCAUACUGUCACAUAUUGAAGCUGCUCAAGCGUAUGAGAUUUCCGCAAUGGCACUUUUCAAACUAGACAUCCCCGCUGCAGCUGAAUUCCUUGAAGUGUACGAAGGCGUCGUUCCUGAGUUUGAGGCGUCAGUAAAGCAGCUAAGCUCAGGCCCGUGCUGUGCUUUGGAAUUGCGAGGUCGCGAUAGCGUCGUUAAAAAAAUGAGAGAGACUUGCGGCCCAUGGGAUGUCAAUUUUGCAAAAGAGAUCCGACCUAAUACUAUUCGCGCAAAGUUCGGCAUCGAUGGAGUCAAAAAUGCCGUGCACUGCACUGACCUCCCUGAUGAUGGUGAUCCAGAGUCUCGCUACUUCUUUGAUAUCCUAGCUGGCACGGGUGAACAACCGAUGGGAAAUCCGACACGUCCUAAUUUUGGCCCCUCCCGGCAACCCAGUGGGCUCAAAACUUUUUGUGGCUUGCCCGCCUGGAUGCGGGGCUGAUGCGGGGCUGAUGCGGCCGACCUGAGUAAAGCCCCCAGCCGCAGGCCCCAGUGCCGGGGAUGAUAAACGGCGACUAUCGCACGUGGUCAGAACGCGAGUGUGAUUAAGCACAAUCAAAGUG